AUGUUGCUACUUCAGAAGUUUGAUAUUGAGAUCAAAGAUAAGAAAGCCACUGAGAAUGUGGUGGCAGACCACCUGAGCAGGAUCACGCAUGAAUCUAAUGCAGAUGAGGACUCAUUGCCUCUGCGUGAUAGCUUCCCUGAUGAGCAACUUUUUGCUCUCAACGUUUCUGAGCCUUGGUAUGCAGAUAUUAUUAACUAUAUUGUGUCAGGCAAAAUACCAAGCGACUACAGUAGAGCUCAGAAGGACUUGGUGAAGACAACUAAGCAUUAUGUGUGGGAUGAGCCUUAUCUAUGGAAACAUUGUCCAGAUUUGUUGAUACGAAUGUGCAUUCCUGAAACUGAAUUUCAAUCUAUUCUCACUUUUUGUCACUCACAUGUAGAGGGAGGUCACUUUGCUGGAAAGAAGAAUGCAAUGAAGUCGAUUAUGUUUCAAAAUGGGUUGAAUUCACUGUUUGUUAGAUUUGGUACUCCCAGGUACAUCAUCAGUGAUGGAGGGUCUCAUUUUUGUAACAAGUCUUUUGCAGUUUUGCUAAGAAAAUUCCAUGUUCAUCAUAAGGUGACAACACCUUAUCAUCCUAAAACGAGCGGGCAGGUAGAAGUAUCCAACAAGGAGAUCAAACAAAUUUUGGAGAAGACUGUUGAACCAACCCGGAAAGAUUGGAGUCAACGCUUAGAUGAGGCGUUAUGGGAAUACAGGACAACAUACAAGACACCGAUUGGGAUGUCUCCUUAUCGAAAGGUGUUCAUUGGAAGUUACAACUGA